AUGACCGACGUUAAACGUAGCUAUUCCGACAUUGUGGUGUCGCCUCUAGACGAGCUCGACGACAACGAAGCCAAAAAGUUCCACACAAAGCCAGGCAGAAAGCCGUUGGACACCGAACCGAAAUCCAAAAGAACCGCUCAAAACAGAGCGGCGCAAAGAGCUUACCGCGAGAGAAAGGAACGGAAAAUGAAAGACUUGGAAGACAAGGUGAAACUAUUGGAGGACCAAAACGUCAGAGCUACCACAGAAACAGAUUUCUUGCAGGCACAAGUCAACAUCUUGAAGAAAGAGUUGGCCAAAUAUAGAGGCUCGAAUGAUUUUCUGGAUUUGAAUUUACCCACCACCGUUGGUCAUUUGAGCCAUCCUCUUUCCAAUAAAGAAUAUGCUUCGUCGCAGCCUCAAGAAGAUGCAAGUGGCAGUGGCAAUGACAGUGGUAAUGGUAAUGGCAGUGGCAGAGACAGUGUUUCUAGUUCAAAAGCGAGUGCAUCCGGUAUGGAUAAAAACUCAGCUCGAUCAUCGGUUUCUACCCAGUCGCCGAACUUCUCCUUUGGCACUCCUUGGUCAAAGGAUAACUUGAAAUACAUGAAACAACAACAACAACAACUGCAACAACUGCACCAGCAGCAGACACAGAAUGCCAACAGUAUCGCCAAGACGAAUAUAGAUUGCGGAUGCCCUGAUCUUGUAUCGGGCUCAUCGACAUCAACGACGCCGUUAGAUGACAAUAUUCUAGUCUCACCCGACUCAAAUAAACCCGGCGCUCCAAACAUUACCCGAACUUUCGAAGAGCAGAUGAAUCCCUUCUGUGCUCAGUUGAGCGAAGUCUGCGGGACAAAAAGCCAGCCAUGUCCCAAGGAAAGACGCUCCACUAUUGAUAUCAAUAAAUCUGCAAGUACAACGACAAACUCGACGAACUUCGAUUCUCCAUUUUCAAAUUUAUCACCAAUGAAUCAAAAUAACUUGAACGAUGCAUUUUUCAACCAUUUAUCCAACACUGGUGAAUCUGAUUUAAAUUUCAACUUGUUGGAUAGCAGUAAUAACAGUAGCAACAACAACAACAACCCUAACACCAAUGACAAUACUAAAUAUGGACGUUUAAAUUCAGAUGAUCCCUUGAGUUUCUUGAAUGAUGCCACGGGAAGCGGCACCGACUUCGACAUUUCACUUGCGUUUGCCGAUAAUAACAGCAAUAGCAAUAACAAUACCAACUUCAAAUCCGAACUGGGUCAAGAACUCGAUCCACUUGCCUUUUUGACCACCGAAGAUUCAAUCUACGAUUUCACCAACAAAGGAACCGAUGAUAUCAAUACCAACUUCAAUUUCAACGAUUUCAUUAAGCAAUCUAUACCCGAGAGAAGAGAAAGCGUGCCAGAAGAGAAUGACGAGGAUGACCGUGGUGACAAUAGCGACGACGAUGAUGAUGACGACGACGACGAUAAUGCAGUUGUGCCUGCACCUCAAUCGACUUUGAAAUGUAGUGAAAUUUGGGACAGAAUCACGGCACAUCCCAGAUACACCGAGUUGGAUAUCGAUGGAUUGUGCAACGAGUUGAAGAACAAGGCCAAGUGUUCGGAAAAGGGGGUGGUCAUCAACACCACGGAUGUCAAUGAGUUGUUGAGUCGGAGCAUGAAGGAAUGA